AGGAGCAGCAGCAGCAGCUGCAGGGGGCGGCGGCAAGACGAGUAGCAGCAGGAGUUGUUGGGUUAAAGGGAUCCAGACUGAGAGUCUCCCCUUGCACCACUAGGAAGUGACGACUUCGCCCAGUCCCAAAGAAAAGAAACAAAGUUUGUGUUUGUGAAUUGUUCCGUCCCCUCCAUCCCUUCACACCCUUUGGAGUAGCCCAGACAAGAUUUUCGCCCACCAAGUUCAACUCUGACCUCUCUUCCAAGCCCACCCCACACUGCACUGGGGGAAAAAGAAAAAGAAAAAAGAAAAUACCCUUAGAAUAAGAAUACACAGUCAAGCACAACAAAUUCUUCUAUUAACCAUUGGCUGUUACUUUUAAAAGCACUGAGAUGUUUGGCACCAUGAAUUGGGGAAGGAUAAAAGAGGUGAAGCACCAGGUUUGAGAGACCCUCUAAGCAGAACCUGAAGGAACCUUGAGCGACUGACCAAGUCUACCUGGGUCCUCCUCCUUUCUCUUGCCCCCCACCCCUUUUCUUCCUUUGGCAACUGGAAAUUACCAUUCAUCAACCACCGAGGGGGAGCCCAUGCUCCAAGGGGCUUUUCCCUGGGGGAUGGGCAGCUGGUGAGUGGGAAUCUCUUGGCCCUGGCAUAGCAAACCACACGAUGAACCUCCAGGCCCAAUCCAAGGCCCAGAACAAAAGGAAACGGGUUCCAUUUUUCAGUGACCCAGAAACAGCAACAAAGGAGCAGCAGCAGCACCUGAAGGAGGGGCAGUAUUAUGGUCAUGGUGGACCGGGUAGCAGUGUCCCUACCUCCCAGCCCACUGAGCUACCCCCUCACAACACUCUGUCUCUACUGAACUCGGUGGUUUACAGAACGGAGCGGGGCAACCCUCCCAUGCUCUCUCAACCGGUGGCAGCUGUCAAGUGGCCAAACUCAGUGAUGGGCCGGGUGCCCGACCGGGGUGGGGAUGCAAGCUGGCAGCAGCAGCCCCAGCCUUCUCACCCGUUGUGGAACCAUGCACUUUCUUUAUAUGGUGGCCAGAAAGGGGCUCCCCACCCUGGGGUUGCAGUCUCGGGCUUCUAUGGUCACCCUGAAUCUUUGAAACGAAGCCAGGAGAAGGGGAUCCUGUCGAUGGAUCCCUACAAUGAUGCCAUACAGCAGAUGAUGUCCCAGAAGGCACAGAUGGAGCUGGGGAGAUCCCAGGCUCCAGUGAACUCCUUCCAUACACCCAAGAAGCCUCCGGGCCAAUUGCCCCUGCAGCCUUUCCAGCUGGCCUUUGGGAACCAGGUGAACCGCCAUGUUUUCCGACAGCCCCCGCCUGGUGCCAACCCUGCCCCUUACCCCCCACAACAGAAACAGCAGGCCCUUCCCCAGAUGCAGCUUUUUGAGAAUUUCUAUCCUGCCCAGCAGCAGCCUCCGCCACCCCACUCCCAGCAGCCCCAGGACUUCAGCCUUCAGCCGGCCGGCCCCAUGGGUCAGGCUCACCUUGGGGCCCAUCACGCCAUGGUGCCCUGCCCCUUCCCCCCCAAUCCUGAGAUGAACCCGGAGCUCCUGAAGGCCCUCAUGCAGGAGCAGCCUACACAACCUGUGCUACCUCAGGCCCAGAUCUCCUUUCCACGCCGCUCCCGACGGCUCUCCAAGGAAGGGAUCCUGCCGCCCUCCUCCUCCACAGCGGCCCUGGACGGAGCUGCUCCCCAGCCCCGGGAAGAGAUGUCCAGCAACCUUUUCCUGCAUCACUGGUCGCAGCAGCAGCACCUGCCCCAGGCGAAUCUGGGGCAGCCCCAUCCCGAGGCCCUGGCUCACGAGAAGGGCGGCCACCUCCUGCCCCAGGCCGAGCAAGGCGGGGGAGCCUUCGGGGGGCAGCAGCACCUGCCGGAAGGGGAGAGACUGGCUCAGAAUGGCCGCGAGCGGGAGGCCCCUGAAGGUGGUGAUUCCUGGGGAACCAAUGACUUUGGGGUGGUUCGAGGAGGGGUGAUCCAGAGCACAAGACGGCGGCGGCGGGCCUCCCAGGAGGCUAAUUUGCUAACAUUGGCUCAGAAAGCUGUGGAACUGGCCUCGCUCCAGAACUCAAUGGAUGGUGAAGGCCUAGAAGAGAGGAGGAAGACAGUGGUAGCCUCUGCAGCCAAGAGCGUGGUAGAAUUUGCGGGGCCCUCACCGCCCUCCAAACGGGCCAGAGAAGACAGUGGCAUGGUUCCUCUCAUCAUCCCUGUGUCGGUCCCUGUGUGCAGGGUAGAUCUACCAGAGGUGGCCCAGCUAGGAUAUUCAGAUGAUGAAGGAAAAGUCCCUUUGGCCUCUGGACCUGAUCGGAGCCCCACAGAACACAAACCCUCAGUUAUUGUCACCCGAAGGAGAUCUAACCGGAAUCCCUUGACUGAUGUGCCAGCCCAGGUAGAAGACGCAGAUCCCAAGGGGGAUGGUGAGGGCCUAGUCCGGAAACCAAAACAGAGGCCUCGGCCCGAGCCCCUCAUCAUCCCCACCAAGGCAGGCACUUUCAUCGCCCCUCCGGUCUACUCUAAUAUUACUCCCUACCAGAGCCACCUCCGCUCACCUGUUCGCCUGGCCGACCACCCCUCUGACAGGAACUUUGAACUGCCCCCCUACACGCCCCCGCCGAUCCUCAGCCCCGUGCGCGAAGGCUCUGGCCUCUACUUCAAUGCCAUCAUGUCAGCCACUGGCCUGGUCGCCCCUCCCCCCAUUACACCAAAGAGUGCCCACCGCACCCUGCUCCGAUCCAGUGAGUGUUCUAUUCUCAAUGAUGUCCUCAUCCUCAGGAGCCAUGAGUCCAAUGCCCCUGGGGUGGCCAGUAGCCGAGCCACAGAGAAGCCCAAGGAGAGCUCUGGGAAAUCGCGAAGAGCUGGACCCAACACAGAGAAGAAGACCACAGAGAACUUAAGUAAAACGCAGAACCAGGACAGCACGUUCCCUUGUAAAAAAUGCGGCAGGGUAUUCUUCAAAGUCAAGAGCCGCAGCGCCCACAUGAAGAGCCACGCCGAGCAGGAGAAGAAGGCGGCCGCGCUAAAGCAGAAGGAGAAGGAAGCCGCCGCCGCCGCCGCCGCAGCCACCCGCCUCCAGACCCGACGGGAGCCCAGCAGCAGUAGCAGCGGUGGCGGGGGCGGAGGGGGUGGCAGCAGCAGUGGGAGCUCAGAUGAAGAUGGGGAGGCAUAGGGAGCAGGGACUCAGCUGGGAAAGCGGUGAGGCUGGUUCUCCCUCACUCUCCCUGGGCUGGGCAAUUUCCCUCUCCGCAUCUUCCCAGGCCUCCUGCCUGGCGCUGCCUGGUUCGAUGGACACUCUGGGGGAGUGAGAAGGGAAAUAGCCAAGACUUAAAAAAACAAAACGAAGCAGAAGACAAGCUUUUAUUUAAUUUAUAAAGGCCCUGGGAACAGUGUGACCUGGAGCAAGACCCGGUUCUCCUUCCAGUGAGUCUGUCUGACAUUGUCCCUGUGCUUUUACAGAAUGGUUAGGGCUCCUUCUUAUACUCCUAGCGUCAUUGACCUUCCCACUCCACCCAGCCCAUGAGGCUGUUGGUUGCUGCUGCUACUUCUGCUGCUUUUUUGGACACCAAACUCUUGCUGCCCAAUUGCCCCUUUCUCUUAGCUUUCCAUUCUUCUCCUAAGUCACUUGGAAGAUAUUUUAGGGGGUGAAAUUUCAAGCUAAACCCAAGCUUGCAAGAUUUCUUCUUGUCCUCGACAACAGCCUACCAGAAACUGAGAACAUUGCUCCAAGAUGCACUCAGUGUCUCUUCUCUCUGUCUUGUGUGGCCCAAAUAGUGUGGCCUCUUCGGGGAGAGGAACUUUUGGGU